AUGCCUCCGAUCUCAGCAAGCAGCUAUAGUGGCGACAGGGCACUCAUUCCCAAACCGCGCAAACGGCCUACCAGCUUCGUUCCAGGCAAGGCCGACAACAAUCUAGCCAGUCGUAUGGGACUAUCGCACACGCAGCAACAGCUUGAUUGUUACUGUCAGAUCGUGGAGGAUGUUGCCAAGCUUUAUGACAAGCACAAGGAUGAGAUGUUUGGUCACGGUGUACGAUCAGACUCUCCGGCCUUCCGGGAACAGGUGCGACAGCUGCACCCGAUGCUGAUUGACGGGUAUGAAGACGCAUGGCCCAUCGAGUGCAUCGUCAACGCACAUCGAAUCAGAAGGAGAGAUUCUCGCACGCCUCAGUGCGGGAUCGGCUUGUCCAACUGGACCAAACACAUGGGCAAGGCAUCGAAGCUCGCACAAACUUCUCCUCAGCGGCGCCAUUCUCGAGGACCUACGCUGGGCCAUCCCCAAGAGAGACAACGCUUAGCAGCAUCCUAUACGGAGGAGCUGCCCGCUCACCUCCAGGUUUCUGAAGCUAGCACUCCCUGCAGCGCCGGCGCCGGCAACUCUGUCUCAAACCCGAGAAACUAUAAUGGCACCCAGAGCUGCGGUGGCCUGCAUAAAUCCGCGUCGGACCCAGACUCGAUCCUCGCCUUCCUUAACUCUCUCAGCCCUGCCCUACCAGCCCUCCUUCCUGUGUUCAUGGUCAUGGGCGUGAAUGACCCCGUCACCCUCUGAGGACUUAGCGGCAUGGAGAGCAGAGACAGGUGGCUGUACUCCUGGGUGAAAGAGGGGCGGAUCACGG